ACUCGGACAGCAUGUGGCGGACCUGCCGCGUCAUCACCACCACUUGCGCUGCUGCUGCGCAGCGAGCGAUGCUGGUUCGGGCAUCGUCGACAGGCGCCGGUUCGAGUUUGCUGGACCCGCUGGACACGUUUCCGCGGCGGCACCACGGACGCAUGAACGACGCCGAGGUUGCAGCGAUGCUCGAGGUGCUCAACGUCCAGUCUGUGGACCAGCUGAUGAACGAGUCGAUUCCGGCCGAGCUCCGGGCGACGCAGCCGCUGGAGCUUCCCGAGGGCGUGUCUGAGACGCAGGCGCUUGCCGAGGUCAAGGCGCUGGCGGCGCAGAACCAGGUGAAGGAGUCGCUGAUUGGAAUGGGGUACUACGGCACGGUCACGCCGCCGGUCAUUCUGCGUAACAUUGUGGAGAACCCGAACUGGUACACGCCGUACACGCCGUACCAGGCCGAGAUCUCGCAGGGACGGAUGGAGAGUCUGGUCAACUUUCAGCAGAUGGUCUCGGACCUCACCGGGCUUCCGGUGGCCAACGCCUCGCUCCUUGAUGAGGGUACGGCUGCGGCCGAGGCGAUGGCGAUGGCAUUCUCGGCAGGGCGCGGCAAGAAGCGCGACUUUUUCGUCGACCGCAACGUGUGGCCGCAGACGCUGGCGGUGCUCGAGACCCGGGCCAAGCCGCUGGGCAUCAACAUCAAGAUUGGCGACGUGUCGACCUUUGACUUUGCCGGCCACUCACUCUUUGGUGGCAUCUACCAGUACCCAGACGCGCGCGGCAUUGCCUGCGGCAACAUCUCGCACUUUGUGGAGGCGACGCAGGCGUCGAACGGGCUGGCCAUUGUGGCGACGGACCUGCUGGCGUGCUCAGUCCUCAAGCCGCCGGGCGAGUUUGGCGCCGACAUUGUGCUCGGCAACUCGCAGCGGUUUGGCGUUCCGCUUGGGUACGGCGGCCCGCACGCAGCGUUCUUUGCUGUCCGCGACAAGCUCGCCCGCAAGAUGCCCGGGCGGCUCAUCGGAGUGACGCGCGACUCGGCGGGCAAGCCGGCAUUCCGGCUCACACUGCAGACUCGCGAGCAGCACAUCCGGCGCGAGAAGGCGACGUCGAACAUCUGCACGGCGCAGGCGCUGCUCGCCAACGUUGCGGCCAUGUACGCGGUGUACCACGGGCCUGCCGGCCUGCGGUCGAUCGCGUCGCGGGUCCACGCCAUGGCAGCCGCAUUUGCCGCCGGCGUCGCCGCCGAUGGCAAGGCCACGUCGGUCUCGGUCCGCGACGCCGAGACGCAAGCGUUCUUUGACACGGUCCUGGUCCGCUUUGACUCGCCGGCCGAGGCGCUGGCGUCCGCCAACGCUGCGCUGGCGGCGGACAUCAACGUCCGCGUCGUCGACGACGUCACGCUCGGCGUUGCCUUUGACGAGACUUGCACCGAGGCUACGCUCGCGGCUCUGCUUCCGGCCUUUGGCUCGCGCCUCACGCCGCGCGAUGCGCUGGCGCAGGCGGAGCUCGACGCCAUUCCGCAGGCGGCGCUCAAGCGUGAGUCCAAGUUCCUCACCCACGCGGUCUUCAACCGCUUCCACACCGAGCACGAGCUGCUGCGGUACAUGAACCGGCUGCAGUCGUCGGACAUUGGCCUGCAGAACUCGAUGAUUCCGCUUGGCUCGUGCACGAUGAAGCUCAACGCGACGGCCGAGAUGAUUCCGGUGACGCUCCCGGGCAUCUCUGCCAUCCACCCGUUUGCACCGCUCAACCAGGUGCCCGGCUACGCGGCGCUGCUGAAGGAGUUUGAGGCGCAGCUCUGCGCUAUUACGGGCUUCUCGGCCUUUUCGCUGCAGCCCAAUUCGGGUGCAGCCGGUGAGUACGCCGGGCUCUACGCCAUCCGUGCGUACCAUGAGGCGCGCGGCGAGACGCAUCGCAACGUGUGCCUCAUUCCUGACUCUGCGCACGGGACAAACCCGGCGUCGGCAGCCAUGUCGGGCAUGAAGGUGGUGGCGAUCAAGACGUCGGCGACCGGCGAGGUGGACCUCGAGGACGCGGCGGCCAAGAUUGCCAAACAUGGCGAGAAGCUUGGGGCACUGAUGGUGACGUACCCGUCGACGUACGGCGUGUUUGAGGCCGGGAUCAAGGAGCUGUGCGCCAUGGUCAAGGAGGCCGGUGGGCGGGUGUACAUGGACGGAGCCAACAUGAACGCGCAGGUCGGGCUCAUGCGGCCGACGGACCUCGGCGCCGACGUGCUCCACCUCAACCUGCACAAGACGAUGACCAUUCCGCACGGCGGCGGCGGGCCGGGCAUGGGCCCCAUCGGCGUUGUGGACGACCUCGUCCCGUUCCUCCCGUCGCACCCGCUGGUGGACAACGGGACAGAUGCAGAGUCGGCCAUCGGCCCGGUGGCUUCGGCGCCGUGGUCGUCGGCGUCGAUCCUGCCGAUCUCGUACAUGUACAUUCGCCUUAUGGGCUCAGAGGGCCUGACUAACGCCACGCAGCGGGCCAUUCUCCACGCCAACUACAUGGCGGCGCGGCUGGAGCCCGAGUACAAGGUGCUCUUCUCCAACGAGGCCGGUCGCGUGGCGCACGAGUUUAUCGUCGACCUCCGUCCGCUCACCAAGGCCACCGGGGUGGAGGCCGGCGACGUGGCCAAGCGGCUGCAGGACUUUGGCUUCCACGCCCCGACCAUGUCGUGGCCGGUGGCAGGCACCAUCAUGAUCGAGCCGACCGAGAGUGAGACCAAGGAGGAGAUGGACCGCUACAUCGACUCCCUCCUCGCCAUCCGCAGCGAGAUUGCUGACAUCGAGGCCGGCCGCAUCUCUAUCGAAGACUCGCCGCUCCGCAAUGCCCCGCACACCGCCGACGUCGUCACCGCCUCGGAGUGGAACCGCGCCUACUCGCGCGAGCAGGCCGCCUUCCCGCUUCCCUGGGUCCGCCAGCGCAAGUUCUGGCCCAAGGUCGGCCGUGUCGACGACGUCUUUGGCGACCGCAACCUGGUCUGCACCUGCCCGCCCAUGGAGGAUUAUGUCGAGGCUGACGAGUAAACCUGAUCCAGAAUCCC